UUCGCUGUCCCAGGCUGGUUGGUCGGUUGUGUGUGUGUAGCCAUGGCUCGGCUCGCUGCGCUACUGUUGUUACCGGUUCUUAUUGAAUCGGCCUUUUCUAUUUCUUUCUUUUUACCGGUAAAUUCCAGGAAGUGUCUACGAGAAGAAAUCCACAAAGACGUCCUCGUCACUGGGGAAUACGACAUAGGCGAACAGCCCAACACCAAAACUAACCUGAAGAUCACAGAUUCCUCCAGCCACACUCUCUACUCCAAGGAAGAUGCAACGAAAGGAAAGUUUGCCUUCACCACAGAGGACUACGAUAUGUUUGAGGUCUGCUUCGAGAGCAAGUCCCCCAUGGGAAGUGGACGAGUGCCUGACCAGUUGAUCAACCUGGAUAUGAAACAUGGUGUGGAGGCCAAAAACUAUGAAGAGAUCGCCAAGGUGGAGAAGCUGAAACCACUGGAGGUUGAACUGAGGCGGCUGGAGGACCUCUCAGAAUCCAUCGUCAAUGACUUUGCGUACAUGAAGAAACGAGAGGAGGAGAUGCGAGACACCAACGAGUCCACCAACACACGCGUGCUGUACUUCAGCAUAUUCUCCAUGUGCUGUCUGAUCGGACUGGCCACGUGGCAGGUCUUCUACCUGCGACGCUUCUUCAAGGCAAAGAAGCUUAUUGAGUAGAGGUGCCCUUUGGCUCCUGGCCCAGGCGGGAAUCUUGUGGUCGACCAACACAUCCCAACUACUGCCCUCCCUGGACUAGCUUCAUGUGACGACGGCGAGUGCGGCUCAGGAGCUCAAAUUGUCAUUUUCCACAGACGUGCGAGUAACAAAGGUUCUCCGGAUGAAUGCAUCACCUGCUUGUUUAAAAGUCGACAACGAGAAAAUGUGAGAAUUGUGGGGUGAAACGAAAUCCGCCUCUUUGUCUCCACAGUUUUCAACGAGUAAGAACUUUUAAGUCUAAAAUGAACAGUAGGGUUUUUGUUUUUUUUGAGCUCGGUUUGAUGGGAUGUGCCAUGGGAGACUGUCAUGCCGCCCUUCUGUUGACGUCCACAUGCUUUGCCAAGUCAACUCCAUCUCUGGCACCCGUUUUUAAGUGAAGGCUGUUUUUUCAAAUGGUGGUUUGAUUGUUACUUUAAGAUUGGCAACCACUGAACUUUGGUUAAGUCGCCUAAUUUGCAUACAUGUUCGGUAGCCAUGUUUGUCUUUAGUUUGUUUCCCUAUUGUAAAUGCUACUUAGUUGCUUCUCUGUGUAUGUUUUCUGGUUGGGGCUGUCAAAUAUAUUGCUUCGUACUAAAUUAGGUCACUUCUAUCAGAUCCUGCACGAUAUUGUUUGAAACACCAGAACAGUUCUAUUUGCCCAGAACCAAAAUUCAUGUUGUCAUUUCUUCUUAAGUGAAGCCACCGGGCUUGUGAUUGGAUAAAUGUGAGCGGGGCCGGCUCUUGCGAGACUGGAAGUGUGUCACGAAACGUCAUUUGUCGCCUCCUUUCAGCCAGAAUUUGGUGUAUUAAAAGAAUGUUUUGAUACAAUCACUCCCCCCGGGGGCUCAGUCUCCUUCACUAUGAUCCAUCAGUCAGACAAUUACCAAAUUUAAAUUCAGUUUCUAAUGAUCGAUUCGGGGCCUGAUGUCAUGGGUACAUUUUUAGCGAUGAAUUUGCGCAUUGGUCGCAAUCCGUAAUUUUUAUUUUGACUGAUAAAUUUUGUAAAGUUGUGUUGGGCUUUUAUUCAAUAAAGUAUUGGAUGGA